UUUGAAGCGAUUUUCAGUUGUAUUGCCGUUGUUUGAGAGCACGUUCAUUUCUGAGGAUCCGUAAAAUCGUAUCGCAGAAUGUCGGAUUUUAAGCAGCAAUAUAAGAAUCCCCGUGCAGGUUUUGGACACGUGGAGCAAAGUAGAAUUCUACGUGCUUAUAAACAUGUAGAAAAUCGUAAGGAAGUCAGAACGCGAGCCUUCCAGAAUAAUCGGCAAUUAGAAGAUGUAUCCGAACCCGCCAGUCCGCAAUCCACUAAAAAUAUCACGGAUGUACGUAAAAAAUUGAUAAAGUGGAGGGAAGAACGCAGUAAGAAAAAGAAGCUGGAAAAUGCCACAAAAAAACCUGCAUUUAAAGUUGGUAUUGUUCAUCAUUCUCUGUGUUCUCCUGUGAUUCGAAGUAAUACAUCAACUGCAACUGCAACAACAUCUAAGCAAGCAACACAGUCAAAUGUUGCACAAAAACGGAUUACAAAAGCUACAGAAAAACGAUUAUUAGCUAGAGCAGCUAAGCGAUCAGCUACUACAAAGAAUAUACCUUCAACUUCAAUAAAAAGUCCAAUGAACAUCAAGAAGCCGACAUCUAAUAAAAAGAAAUCAUUUGCUCCUCCUAAUUAUGAAUUUAGACCACCAUCUGGAUUGCAUAAAAUGCCUCUAUUUGGUACGAUACUAAUAGAACAAACUCCACAGGAGAAGGGAGAUUUUUUCAUACAAGACAAAUUGACAGAAUAUAAACCAAUUGAUAUAAAAGAACAGAAAGAUGUAUCACAAAAGUCGUAUGCAAAAAUCCCUGAUACCAAUAACACUACAACAAAAUUUAAAACUACAAGUCCAAAGUUAUUGUCAAAUAAACGAAAAUCGUCGGAGAGAUUAAAUAAGUCAAUUUGUGAGCCACAUAAUGUUAAAUUUGAAUUAAACAAAACAGCUAAAUCAUCAUUGAAAGAACAGACAAUACAAGACUCCUCAAUAAAUGAAUUUUUAGAUAAUACUAAUAUGAAAACACCCUCACAAAAGAGUAUCUCAAGUGAUACAUCUUCUGGUAAAGAAAAUUGUAAUAUGGAAGAUCUUAUUCUCUUUUCUCCAUAUCUCACACUAAGCCGCGGCAAGAAGAAUGCUAGAAAAGAACGACAGCAGCGACUUGGCAUUGGUUGCUUAUCCUCCGAUGAAAUUCCAACCAAAGACACUGUAAUGAAAAAUUUAAAUAUAUCUGUGGAAGAAGAGGAACGCACCGCACAGUACUUCAAGUUUCUAUUGAACAAAGAAACGGAGAGACUUAAGGAACUUUGUAGAAAAUGGUUGGACAUUAAAUUAGAAAAGGAUAUUCCAGAUGAUGCUAUGUAUGAAAUACAUCAAGCAGUAGGACAGACAAAUUUGCUAAUAAAUAAAAAGUUUGAACGAUUUCGUGGUUUAGUAGAAGACUGUGAAGUUGGAAGAGGAGAAAAACUGGUUACAUGUAGAGAUUUGCAAGGAUUUUGGGAUAUGACAUACAUGGAAGUCAGGGAUUGUGACUCACGUUUUGAAAAACUAGAGCAACGACGAAAUAGAGGAUGGCAAGAGGAAGAAUGCACCAUUGCUAAACGUGCUGCUAAAAAACAAGUGCCUAAAAAACAAAUUGUAUCUUCAAAGCCAAGUUCGCUACGAUCAUUAAUCUUAGCUGCCAGAAAAAAGAAAAUCGAAGCAAAAAUAUUAAAUGAGGAAGAUACAGAGUUGCAAGAUACAAAUAUAAAUGUGAAAGGUUCUACAUCUUCCAAAAAUAAUAGAAGAUCUGUAAUUAUUGAUAAUAAUACUAAUACUCAGCGUAGUACAAGAAAAUCUAAUUCUCAUGAUCUUACUUACAAACGCAAGUCAACUUCUGCUCGACGUGAAAGCUCUAGAACAAGCUUGGAACAGAAAGUGCAAUCCAACAGUAUGAGUCCAUUUGUCACUAUGAAGAUAAGUCGAAUGUGUAAAACACCAGAAGUUCAAUUAGAUGACACAAUAUCAUAUAUUAAUUCUGAUCAAACACCUGGUAAAAGUAUAUUAAAGAAAUCGGAAGAGUUAGCAGAUAAAGAGAUUCGUGUAAAAUCUACACAUAAAGUUAAUUUUGAUGAUCAAAUAGCUCUGAAUGAAGUUCCUCUUGAUGAAGAAAUGCAGACUAAAUUAUUUUUAUCUGCUGCUUUAAAGAAGAUCGACAAUUGCAAUUUGGAUGAAUUAAGCCCACUAGACAUUAACGCUGAAAGAAAAUUAGACUUUGAAACCGAAGAUUUUGAUAGUUUUGAUGAUGUGGACGAAAUUUCAGUCCAAAUGCAAAGUUUAGUUGAAAAAUCAAAUAACUCUAAAUUAUCUAUUCAAAAUACCUUUAAUUCUAGUGCACAUUCAUUUAAUGACACAACAUUCUCUCUGUCUGAUAAAGAAUCAUCUUCAGAUGUAAAAAUAUCUAAAAAAAAUCAACUAAAUAUAAAUAUUAUACCUGCAACACCAUUACCAACUCACAGCGAGACAUUUAUUACUGGCAAUGAAACAAUUUUAAAUAUGACAGACAUGGAACAUCAUGAUUCAGGAACAAGAAUACUUAGAAAUAGAACUAUUGCGACAAAUAAUACUCCUAAAAAUAAUAGCAAAAUGAUGACUCCAAAAAGAAGCAUUGGUAAAAAGGAAAAGACCCCUGUAAAAUCACGUAAAACAAGUUUAUUAAAAUCAUCACAAAAGGAUGAAAAUAAAUAUCUGACAAAUAAAGACAGUAUAAUAGAGAUGGAAAAACCGAUAUUAAUGGAAAAUAUCGAUAAGAAAAGAAGAUCUUCUCGAAAAAGCGUUGCAUUUAGUGCAGAAGCAUGUGUAGCAUGUGCUGAAAAUAAACCAGUGCUACCUAUGACUCCUCAUUCGAAACGAAAUCGUAGUAAGACACCUUCGAGACAAAGUCAAAGCAAACAUGCGUUUGAUAAAGAUCUUAUGUCAUGGGAUACACCGAAACAUCCUCCUAAUAGAGUCACGAGAUCAAGUUUGAAAAAUUAAUGAUAUAAUAUUAAUAUAAAAAAUUUUAAUUAUAGUACAUUACUUACAUAUUACAAUUAAUGCCUUUUCAUUACUUAAUAGUCACGAGAUCAAAUUUGAAAAAUUAAUGAUAUAAAAUUUUUAAUUUUAA